AUGUCUCUCCAGGUCAACCUCACUGCGCCCAACAAGCGCGAGAUCACUCUCCCCACCGGCCUAUUCAUCAACAAUGAGUUUGUUGCUGCUACAGGCGGAGGCAAGAUCUCGAGCAUCAACCCCGCAGAUGAGAAAGAGAUCGCUGUAGUGGAAGCUGCUUCUGCUACAGAUGUCGACAAGGCCGUCAAAGCCGCCCGUGCUGCCCUCGACGGCGAGUGGUCUACUAUGGCUGCUUCCGACCGUGGUCGCCUCAUGUACAGAUUGGCCGAUCUGAUCGAGGAGAAUCGGGAGACGCUUGCCACCUUGGAGACGUGGGAUAACGGAAAGCCCUACCAGGUCUCCCUCAACGAGGAUCUCGGCGAGGUCGUCUUCACCCUUCGUUACUACGCCGGCUGGGCCGAUAAGAUCUUUGGUCAGACGAUCCCUCUGACGUCGCAGAAGAUGGCAUACACUCUGAAGCAGCCCGUAGGCGUCUGCGGGCAGAUCAUUCCGUGGAACUACCCGCUGUCCAUGGCUGCGUGGAAGCUCGGCCCUGCUCUCGCCUGCGGUAACACCGUCAUCAUCAAGCCGGCAGAGCAGACCCCCCUAUCCAUCCUCUACCUUGCGUCUCUGAUCCCCAAGGUCGGCUUCCCUCCCGGUGUGAUCAACAUCGUCAACGGCUACGGGCGAGUAUCCGGCACAGCUCUAGUGGAGCACCCGGACGUCGACAAGAUCGCCUUUACUGGGUCCACCUUGACCGGAAAGACCAUCAUGAAGCUGGCCUCUGCUACGAUGAAGAACAUCACACUAGAGACGGGUGGGAAGUCCCCCCUCCUGGUCUUCAAGGAUGCAGACCUCGAUCAAGCCGCCAAAUGGGCCCAUGGUGGCAUCAUGAGCAACCAGGGUCAGAUCUGCACGGCCACGUCCCGACUUCUCGUCCACCAGGACGUCAUCGAUGACUUUGUCGCUCGCUUCACCGGCGAGAUAUCCAAGCACAAGAUCGGCGACCCCUUCUCGGACGACACCUUUCAAGGUCCGCAGAUCACCUCGGACCAGUACAAGAGGAUCCUCGACUACAUCGAGACAGGGAAGAAGGCUGGCGCCACGCUCGUCACGGGAGGAAACCCUCACAAGAACGUAGGCGGAAAGGGCUUCUUCAUCGAGCCGACUACCUUUGUGGACGUCACGAAAGACAUGGCUAUCUUCCAAGAGGAGGUCUUUGGACCCUUCGUGACCAUCACCCGCUUCAAGGAUGACGCGGAUGCUGUACGUCUCGCGAACAACAGCUCUUACGGACUAGGCUCUGCCAUAUUCACCAAGGAUAUCGAGAGAGCCCACCGCGUGGCUGCAAGGCUGGAGGCUGGUAUGGUCUGGAUCAACAGUUCGAAUGAUUCUGACCCCAGGGUUCCAUUUGGUGGUGUGAAGCAGAGCGGUAUCGGUAGGGAGCUUGGUGAGGCUGGUCUUGAGGCGUACACGCAGACGAAGGCCGUCCACGUGAACCUGGGACAGAUGCUGUAG